AUGGCAAGCUUCCUCUCAUCUCACCAGAAUAUCCAGGACGUGAGAGAGUUAACCUCCAGCCGGCUACAACACGAACCUCCGCUGAGGGUUACUUCAGCCCUGUCACUGCCCCGAGUCCAGCCCAACCUGCCGGCCAACCGAAUGGUGCUAAAGAAAAAUCCAUACGAUCCAGGAGAGAUUUUAUUGCCUCAUCCUUUUUUUAAACUGUGCACAGGAAUGGGUGUUUUCAGCUUCGCCAGGUAUGACGACAACUUCUACAGCAGAAAUUAUGCAGGUCGAUUGAAAUAACCUCUGCAGCCAAAGCGGGAAUACUCUGUGUUUGACAGAUAUAUCACUCCCCCCAUCUCCAGCACUCUGCUGCUUCGGUCCUGCAAGACAAGGACACACAUGAUCGGCCACAUGUUUGGAAUAAGGCAUUGACAGAGGUUGAGCUGCGUCAUGCAGGGCUCGAACCAUCUCGAGGAGUCGGAUCGCAGUCCUCUGGAUUUCUGUCCCAUCUGCCUUCGCAAGCUGCAGGUUUAUGUCUGCUUCAAAAUAGAUGAAAGAUACAAAGCCUAAAUGCACUGGAUGGAGGAGGAUCAGAGAUAUGAUGAGUCCUCUGUCUCUCGGUCUGCACUCUCCUGUCUCAAACCCACUGAAGCCUUUCAUGCGUCUACACUUUGGCUCCACUGAGGCCUGGACAUACAGGAAAAAAACUGA